CGGGGGGAAGGGGCAUGCCAACUCCGGGGAAGAAUGACCGGGAUCGCCGCCGCGCUCUUGCUUCUCCUGCAGCUGCUGCCCGGAGCGCGGGGCCAGGGCUUCGCGGGCGGCUGUUCGUUUGAUGAACACUAUAGCAACUGUGGAUACAGUGUGGCUCUGGGGACCAAUGGAUUUACCUGGGAGCAAAUUAACACCUGGGAAAAGCCGAUGCUGGAUCCUGCCGUGCCAACAGGUUCCUUCAUGAUGGUGAACAGCUCUGGGCGGGCAUCUGGACAGAAAGCUCACUUACUGUUGCCCACCUUGAAGGAGAACGAUACCCACUGCAUCGAUUUCCAUUACUACCUAUCCAGCCGCGACCGGUCCAGCCCCGGCUCACUGAAUGUCUACGUGAAAGUUAACGGCGGCCCCCAGGGGAACCCCAUCUGGAACGUCUCGGGGAUUGUCACGGAAGGAUGGGUGAAGGCGGAACUGGCCAUCAGCACCUUUUGGCCGCACUUUUAUCAGGUGAUAUUUGAAUCCGUAUCGUUGAAGGGACAUCCGGGAUACAUAGCAGUGGAUGAAGUGCGUGUUCUUGCUCAUCCAUGCAGAAAAGCACCUCACUUUCUCCGGCUUCAAAAUGUGGAAGUUAAUGUGGGGCAGAAUGCAACAUUCCAAUGCAUUGCUGGGGGAAAGUGGUCUCAGCAUGACAAACUCUGGCUCCAGCAAUGGAAUGGGAGAGACACAGCCCUGAUGGUGACUCGAGUGGUCAACCACAGAAGGUUCUCGGCAACGGUCAGUGUGGCCGACACAUCUCAGCGAAGCAUCAGCAAAUACCGUUGUGUCAUUCGCUCGGAUGGUGGUUCAGGAGUCUCAAACUAUGCAGAACUAAUAGUGAAAGAACCCCCCACACCCAUCGCUCCCCCAGAGUUGCUGGCGGUAGGGGCCACCUACCUGUGGAUCAAGCCAAAUGCCAACUCCAUCAUUGGCGACGGGCCCAUCAUCCUAAAGGAGGUGGAAUACCGCACGACCACCGGCAACUGGGCGGAGACCCACAUCGUCGACUCCCCCAAUUACAAGCUGUGGCACCUGGACCCCGAUGUGGAGUACGAAAUCCGGGUGCUUCUCACCAGGCCGGGCGAAGGAGGAACGGGACCCCCAGGUCCACCGUUAACCACCCGGACAAAGUGUGCAGAUCCCGUCCAUGGUCCCCAAAAUGUGGAAAUUGUGGACAUCCGCUCCCGGCAAGUAACCCUUCAGUGGGAACCUUUCGGCUACACGGUGACCCGUUGUCACAGCUACAACCUAACAGUCCAGUACCAGUAUGUGUUCAAUCAGCAAAAGUACGAGGCCGAAGAACUCAUCCAGACAUCUUCUCACUACACCUUACGGGGCCUUCGCCCUUUUAUGACCAUCCGGCUGAGGAUGGUGCUGUCUAACCCGGAGGGGAAGAUGGAAAGCGAGGAGCUGGUGGUACAAACGGAAGAGGAUGUUCCUGGAGCUAUUCCUCUCGAGUCCAUUCAAGGAGGACCCUUUGAAGAGAAGAUCUAUGUACAGUGGAAACCUCCAAAUGAAACCAAUGGAGUCAUCACCCUCUAUGAGAUCACCUACAAGGCCGUUGGGUCAUUAGAUCCCAGUGCCGAUCUCUCCAGUCAGAGAGGAAAGGUCUUCAAACUGAGGAACGAAACUCACCACCUCUUUGUGGGCCUGUAUCCCGGAACCACCUACUCCUUCACCAUCAAAGCCAGCACCGUCAAGGGGUUCGGACCCCCCAUCACGACUCGGAUCGCUACCAAAAUUUCAGCACCUUCGAUGGCCGAAUACGACACGGACGCUCCCCUGAACGAAACGGAUACCACCAUCACAGUCAUGUUGAAACCUGCUCAGUCCCGAGGAGCCCCUGUCAGUGUCUACCAGCUGGUCGUCAAGGAGGAGAGACUGCAGAAGGCUCGGAGGGCUGCUGACAUCAUUGAGUGCUUCUCCGUGCCCGUGAGCUACAAGAAUGCUUCCACCCUAGACUCGCCUCACUAUUUUGCCGCUGAGCUGAAGCCCAUCAACCUUCCCGGGACCCAGCCAUUCACGGUGGGCGACAACAAGACCUACAAUGGCUACUGGAAUGCCCCCCUCUCGCCCCUGAAGAGUUACAGCAUCUAUUUCCAGGCUCUCAGCAAAGCAAACGGAGAGACCAAAAUCAACUGCGUCCGACUGGCAACGAAAGCAGUCCUGGGUAGACCGCAGGUGACCACGUGCUCCCCAUCCCUCUUGACCACAGGAGCUUCCACACAGAACUCCAACUCGGUGGAGCCUGAAAAGCAGGUUGACAACACUGUGAAAAUGGCGGGAGUGAUAGCAGGACUCUUAAUGUUUGUCAUCAUCCUUCUGGGAGCCAUGCUCACGAUCAAGAGAAGAAGAAAUGCAUAUUCCUACUCCUAUUACUUGAAACUAGCCAAGAAGCAGAAGGAAACUCAGAGCAGCACCCAGAGAGAGAUGGGACCUGUUGCUAUGGCAGAAAAGACCACCACCAAACUCAGCGCGGCUCACAAUGAAGAAGUGCUUUCUUCCAGUUCUCAGGAUGUUAAUGGAUUCACAUCAUCUUCUCCUUGUUCAUUUUCUGUCCAAAGCAAAACACUGCAAAGCAAAUCUUUGUUGAAUUCCUACUACUCAGUGUCAUCAGAUACUGUUCCGUCAACCACGCUGCUAGGUAAGGAAGCAGACAGCAGCCACGGAGAGAUGAGCCAGCCCACGCUCACCAUCCAGACCCACCCGUACCGGAGCUGCGAGCCCGUGGAGAUGUCCUACCCCCGAGGCCAGUUCCAACCGGCCAUCCGGGUGGCCGACCUGCUUCAGCACAUCACCCAGAUGAAGCGGGGACAGGGCUAUGGAUUCAAGGAGGAAUAUGAGGCAUUACCCGAGGGACAGACGGCAUCCUGGGAUACAGCCAAGGAAGAUGAGAACCGCAACAAGAAUCGAUACGGGAACAUCAUAUCGUAUGACCACUCAAGAGUGAGGCUGCUGCUGUUGGAUGGAGACCCUCACUCAGAUUACAUUAAUGCCAACUACAUAGACGGAUAUCACCGACCUCGCCAUUACAUUGCCACUCAAGGUCCGAUGCAAGAGACAGUCAAGGAUUUUUGGAGGAUGAUUUGGCAGGAGAACUCUGCCAGUGUUGUCAUGGUUACCAAUCUCGUGGAAGUGGGAAGGGUGAAGUGUGUCAGAUACUGGCCAGAUGACACAGAAGUCUACGGUGAUAUUAAGGUCACAUUAAUUGAGACAGAACCAUUGGCUGAAUACGUCAUCCGGACAUUUACCGUUCAGAAAAAAGGCUACCAUGAAAUCCGAGAGAUCCGACUCUUCCACUUCACCAGCUGGCCUGACCACGGGGUGCCCUGCUACGCCACGGGCCUUCUGGGUUUCGUGCGGCAGGUGAAGUUCCUCAAUCCGCCCGAGGCGGGGCCCAUAGUUGUACACUGCAGCGCUGGUGCGGGGAGAACGGGUUGCUUUAUCGCCAUAGACAUCAUGCUCGACAUGGCAGAGAAUGAAGGCGUGGUAGACAUCUUCAACUGUGUGCGAGAGCUGCGGUCCCAAAGAGUCAAUCUGGUACAGACCGAGGAGCAGUAUGUCUUCGUCCACGAUGCCAUCCUAGAGGCUUGUCUUUGUGGUAAUACGGCUAUUCCGGUGUGUGAGUUCAGAUCUAUAUAUUAUAACAUCAGCAGACUGGAUCCACAGACCAAUUCCAGCCAGAUAAAAGAUGAAUUUCAGACCCUCAACAUCGUGACCCCUCGGGUCAGACCGGAAGACUGCAGCAUAGGCCUCUUGCCAAGAAAUCAUGACAAGAACCGCCUCAUGGAUGUUCUGCCCCUGGACAGGUGCCUGCCCUUCCUCAUCUCUGUAGAUGGCGAAUCAAGCAACUACAUCAAUGCUGCACUCAUGGAUAGCCACAAGCAACCUGCUGCCUUCAUUGUAACCCAGCACCCCCUCCCCAACACCGUGGCGGACUUCUGGAGGCUGGUGUUUGAUUACAACUGCUCUUCGGUGGUGAUGCUCAACGAGAUGGAUGCUGCCCAGCUGUGCAUGCAGUAUUGGCCAGAGAAGACAUCUGCGUGUUAUGGUCCAAUCCAAGUGGAAUUUGUAUCAGCCGACAUCGAUGAGGACAUCAUCAAUAGGAUAUUCCGGAUCUGCAACAUGGCUAGACCCCAGGACGGGUACCGCAUAGUUCAGCACCUACAGUAUAUUGGCUGGCCAGCCUAUAGGGACACGCCUCCUUCCAAACGCUCCCUUCUCAAGGUUGUCAGGCGCCUGGAGAAAUGGCAAGAACAGUAUGAUGGGAGAGAUGGACGCACUGUUGUUCAUUGCCUAAACGGCGGUGGGCGCAGCGGAACCUUCUGUGCCAUCUGCAGUGUUUGUGAAAUGAUCCAGCAGCAAAACAUCAUUGACGUGUUUCACAUAGUGAAAACGCUAAGGAACAACAAAUCCAACAUGGUGGAGACGCUGGAACAAUAUAAAUUUGUAUACGAGGUUGCACUGGAAUACUUGAGUUCAUUUUAGCAGCAGUGAACAUGCAAGAGUUCCAACCCCAGGAUCUCCAAACCACCCUUUUCUCUGUAAGGCAGUAACAGGGAUGAAAGACUUCCAGAUCCUGACUUCACUGAAGAGAAGUGGGACUCCCGCGUGCUGCUGACUGCUAGCCACUGGAGCAUUCAUUCGCCGCUUCUUGAACGGUCUGCUGUUGAAACCAGAGAGGAAGAAGGCAAGGCUGAGGAAGCCCCUGCUUUCUCAUACCCCAGUGUCUGCCCUGCCCUGCCGGAUUCCCGUCCUAACCCCCCAGGAGCUCCCUGGCAACAGAAAAGACAUCGGAUUGUCCGUCUAAAAUCACUUGUUUUCGUUCUACCCGGGUUCGUGAAUCUCAUGCUAGAGUCUGUUGGAGAAAACUGAAAUCCGCGGGGAGGGGCUUUGGAUGUUGAGGUGUAUUUCUCCCUCUCGGCGAAUUCCUCAGUCGGAAAUCGGGGAGCUGGAGAAUUAGAAAUCCCUUGGGGUCUCUCACUGUAGGUAAAAGGGUACAUGCUCCUUGAGACCCUGCCCCCAAAUCUUCUCCUCUUCCUCUGAGGGCCAGCCUACGUGGACUCUGACCUGGCUCUACCUCAGUGUUUGAUUGAAGCAACAGGGCUAGACUUAGGCACACCCUUAAUAGGCUCCCCCCGGCUAGACCUGAUUAUGUGUGUGUGAGACUCCCACUGGGUUAUCUUUACUUCUCAAGGUUUCCAAGCUAUGCUCUACCACCAACCCCUGGCUCAGGUCUUGUUGAAUGAACUGGGGCCAGAGGUAGAUGCCGGGUAACGUUGUUUUUUUCCGUGUACAUACCCACUCCGCUGGGGGUUUCCAGAGUCGUCGUUGGGUGGCAUGAUUGUCAUUAAGGAAUGGAGAGCACCAGAUGUCUGAGGGUUUGGAACUCAAGAAGGAACCCAUGAAGAGUUGAUAGAGGUGAUGUCCUUUUAAUGAGGAAGCCAGUUUGGUAGUUGGCAGCUUAUUUCUCAGCAGUGUGGUUAAAAUGAAACUCGUCCCACUCUAAGCUGGCAGCUUCUCUGAUCAUCAAAGUGGACAGUUUGGCAGAAAAAAAUGGCCAUGAGGUGUAAUUGGGGAUGGUGGAUUUGGGAAGUUGGGAUAUGUGUUUCAGUGCUCAGAAUGACACAUUUGACCAUUGUUUUCCACCAGAACAACCUGUGUAUCCCAAUCUUUUCUUUACCCAACCCAUGGCGUAACGGAUUCUGAAAAGCUUUAACGUCUCAGAUGCCAGUGCAGACUGGAAGCCAAUUUAAGUGGAUCGAACCUGACUCCUAAAGGGUUUUAUUUUUGUAUCCCAUUUGUCAUCAAAUCCAAGGAAAGCUGUGGAGAAUGGGCAUCUACAGGCAUGAGAGAAGGAAAGGGUGAGCAAGACAGAAAGAGGUGGCUGUUGCUGGUUACCUUUCAUUUUUUAGUUUGAGUGUUUAACCCCCUCAUCUUUUGGAGCAAUCUAGGCUACAGGGAUCAUUUACCAAACUCUAGAGGCCCAUCUCCUCAAACACAUUUUGCUGGUGGUGAUUGUUUGUCAGUGCUCAAGUCAAGAGGCUCCAGCCACCCUGGAAGGAUUAAAAGACUAUCCUUUCUGUUGUAAAUAUCAAUCGGUUGUAUUUAUUGAGCACUUCCUAUGUAUAGCGCACUGUUCUAAGCGAUUGGCAGAGAACGUACAAUAGAGUCGGAAGACCCAUUCUGCAAAGCAAAAGGGCACACAGAUUAAGAUUUCACAGCUCUUGAACAUGUGCUACUUGCCUGGCGACUGGAAGUUCUCCUUCACAAUCACCCAGAUUUCAAAUCUUUCCAGAUGCACUGGAUUUCAAGCUUCCACAGUUAACCACUCAGAUUCCCAGAGGAAGCCUCUGAAGUAAUCAAACCCACGUUACGUGGUUCCCCUGCCAGUAAAUGACCAUUUCUCUGUCCUGGGUUUGAAUUUUUUUUGUCUGAGAUAGGAGUAGACAUCGUGUGUUUUUAGGUGUGCAUUUAUUCAUGUUUGCAUGUGUAUGUGUGCAUAUAGGCACAGUGAUGUGUGUGUUAGUUGGGAGGCGCUUCACGAGAACGGGAAUUUACUCUUGGCAGUGACUCCUAGAGUACUAAGAGGGAGUCAGAAUGGGAAGGUGUAGUUUCGAGAUUCCGGCUGUGAAACGCUCUUCUAAAUGUUCCAUUUAAGGCCUUUCGGCUUAGGAUGUUCCUUUACAGCAAAGACCACAGAGCCAAAAAUCCCCCUGUGCUCUCUCCCCCAGGUAUAAUACGAAAGAAAGAACGGUUCCCUGGAAAUGUGCCAGAAGACACAAUCCUGCUGUUGGAUUACAGGGGACAUUUGCCAAGGGCAUGUUUAGCAUGGGUUUUGGCUAGAAGCCACUGGCUGUAGGACUAAAAGGAGUUAGAGGGGAGGAUAGUGCUGGCCAGUGAUUUUGCAGAAGACAGUAUACACCCUCAAGGGCAGUGAUAGUGCCAGGAAAGGAAAAUCACUUGUCUCUUUCCUAAAGUGGGACACCGUCUCUGCCUCAGAAGACAAUAUACACCCUCAAGGGCAGUGAUAGCGCCAGGAAGGGAAAAUCACUUGUCUCUUUCCUAAAAUGGGACACCGUCGCUGCCUCUUCCACGGAACAGAGCCCUGGUUCUAAAUGAGGCCGAUAAAGCCAUUUUCAAACAAAAAUCAUCAUCCAAAUCCUCCUCUUCUUGGGUUUAGAACACACUGUGCUGAUCGUCAACUGAGCCCUGGGCAGCACUGAUUACUACCCCUCUCGAUCAGACACUGAAAAAGCACAAAUGAGUCUUUCUGCUUAUUAUCCCUAUGUCACUGGGCAGUGAGAAUAUUGCAUUGAAAAAUAGAACUGGAUUGGGCAUCACUCAUAAGAAAGAGCACAGAGUGGUGGCUUUUUCAGUCGGGCUCAGUUGGGAUCAGAAAUUGCACUUUUGCAAGAGCUAAGGAUGCCUCAAAGGACGAUGGCAACAAACAUGAUAGUAAGUAAGCGAAAGGAAGGAGACGAUGGGCUCUGUUGGAAAGCUGGGAGGCCGUGGUGGAUAAAGGAAUGGACUAUGGGAGCAUAGAGAGGAACCACUGAAAAGGAAGCACACUUUUUUGUGUUUAUUUUAAACGGUACUUCUUAAGCACUUACUAUGUGUUAAGCACUUUUCCAAACACUGGGAUAGACGCAAGUUAAUCAGGU